AUGCCUUCCAAGACCCCACGUGCAAAGGCAUCCAGCUGUGCGCUGGUGGCCCAAAACCUCAAGUUAUACGACUGCCUGAUGAAAGUCACCGACUUUGACUCCACCAAGUCAUCCAUUUUCUGGCUCAGUGGUUACCUGAGAAAACCAAAUGGUCUUCAAAAAGAUGGCACUCUUGACUGUGCCGAGCUGAGCUACCCAAAGUUCGUUCGCGAUCUUGAAACGCACUUCGACUUCGAUCCCGAUACCCAUGAGCUUCAGUGGCACGACAACAUGUCUGGGUCCCAGCCUAAGCUGGAGGCAAGCAGCAAUAGCGACGAUGGCAGCCAGAGCAUCGAGCCUUGGAUUGUUGAGACCCACAACAGCUGGGUAGCUGCGCUCAUGAUUAUGCAAGCGACCAAUUCUUCAUCCAACUUGCAAGCUUCGAGCGUUUCUGAAGUAUCCUCUGCUACUACCGCUGGCUCCUCGGUCCUAGGUGAUGCUGCCACGGCCGCGCCGGUAUUCGUGAUUUGCAAGAAAGAUUCAAACUACUCGGAUACCGAAAGCGAGGUCUCCGAUACCACCACAGACUCGAGCGGGACCAGCGAUGCCGCCACAGAUGAGAAUGAGGCCAGCGAUACCACUGAAAAGCAGUAG